AUGAAAAACAUCUCACUGUGUGCCAAAACUUCAGAUGAACACGUGGUGUCUCUCUUCAUGUAUAUUGAAGAAAGGGGGCAGCCACAAGGACACGUGAGGAAACGUGAGGACACACAGAAGGUGAUGGGGGGAGACCGGGGAAGAGGUGUGCACUUGGAGAGAGGGAGCAGAGGAGCAAUAACAAUCAAAGAGCAGAGGAUGAAGAGAGUAUGGGAUGCCGUAGAUACAGGCUGCUGUUUAAAAACAUACUCCUGUCACUCCUGUGCUGUUCGAGCUGCCCGGUGGUCGUCUUGUGGAAGAAGGAUCCUCAGUGGGGGCUUUGAUUCCAUGCUGCAUUUAACGGAUGUAGAAACAGAUACUCAGAACUUCAGUGGACAAUCUGAAUUUAGAAUCAGUGCGCUGACAUUCCACCCUACAGAGUCAAAUAUUUUCAUUUGUGGAGGAUUCAGCCCAGAGGUUAAAGCCUGGGAUGUAAGGAUGUCUAAGGUGUUAAGAGUGUACAAAGCUGCAGUACAACAGACAUUGGAUAUACUCUUUCUCCCUGAAGGAAGAGAAUUUCUGACAAGCACAGAUGCAGUAAGCCGGGACUCAGCUGAUCGUACCAUUAUUGCAUGGGACUUCCAAAGUGCUGCGAAAAUCUCCAAUCAGAUUUUUCAUGAGCGUUACACUUGUCCAAGUCUGACUCUGCACCCAAAAGAGUCUGUGUUUGUGGCUCAGACAAAUGGGAAUUACAUGGCUUUGUUUUCUGCCCAGCGACCUUACCGAAUCAACAAAAAGAAAAGAUAUGAAGGACAUAAGGUGGAAGGAUUUGCAGUGGGCUGUGAAUUUUCUCCAGAUGGAACACUUUUGGUGACAGGAAGUUCAGAUGGCAAGGUGUUUUUCUACAACUAUCAUACUGCUCGGAUUAUUCGCACUUUGUCUGCACAUAAAGAAGCUUGUGUGAGUGCAAUAUUUCACCCAGUCUUGCCAUCGCUCCUUGCAACGUGUGAUUGGGCUGGAGAAAUCAAGAUCUGGCAAUAA